UACCCGUCCGCUCUUCAGCAGCCGGUCGGGGGUGGUGGAGGAGCGAGUGAGGAGAGCGCGACGGCGGCGGCGGAGCCAUCGCUGGACGGCCAGGGGGAAAGCGAGGCCCGAGCCUCUGCGUCUCGGAUCAGAAUGGUUUCAAUCCCAGAAUACUAUGAAGGCAAGAAUGUCCUCCUCACUGGAGCUACCGGUUUCCUAGGGAAGGUACUUCUGGAAAAGUUGCUGAGGUCUUGUCCUAAGGUGAAUUCAGUGUAUGUUUUGGUGAGGCAGAAAGCUGGACAGACACCCAAAGAACGAGUAGAAGAAAUUAUUAGUGGCAAGCUCUUUGACAGAUUGAGAGAUGAAAAUCCAGAAUUUAGAGAGAAGGUUAUAGCGAUCAACAGUGAACUCACCCAACCAAAACUGGCUCUUAGUGAAGAAGAUAAAGAGAUCAUCAUAGAUUCUAUCAAUAUUAUAUUCCACUGUGCAGCUACAGUAAGGUUUAAUGAAAAUUUAAGAGAUGCUGUUCAGUUAAAUGUGAUUGCUACACGCCAGCUUAUUCUCCUUGCACAACAAAUGAAGAAUCUGGAAGUAUUCAUGCAUGUAUCAACAGCAUAUGCCUACUGCAAUCGAAAGCAUAUUGAUGAAGUAGUCUACCCGCCUCCUGUGGAUCCCAAGAAGCUGAUUGAUUCUUUAGAGUGGAUGGAUGAUGGCCUAGUAAAUGAUAUCACACCAAAGUUGAUAGGAGACAGACCUAAUACAUACAUAUACACAAAAGCAUUGGCAGAAUAUGUUGUACAGCAAGAAGGAGCAAAGCUAAAUGUGGCGAUUGUAAGGCCAUCGAUUGUUGGUGCCAGUUGGAAAGAACCUUUUCCAGGAUGGAUUGAUAACUUUAAUGGACCAAGUGGUCUCUUUAUUGCGGCAGGGAAAGGAAUUCUUCGAACAAUGCGUGCCUCCAACAAUGCCCUUGCAGAUCUUGUUCCUGUAGAUGUAGUUGUCAACACGAGUCUUGCGGCAGCCUGGUAUUCCGGAGUUAAUAGACCAAGAAACAUCAUGGUGUAUAAUUGCACAACAGGCAGCACUAAUCCUUUCCACUGGGGUGAAGUUGAAUACCAUGUAAUUUCCACUUUCAAGAGGAAUCCUCUCGAACAGGCCUUCAGACGGCCCAAUGUAAAUCUAACCUCCAAUCACCUUUUAUAUCAUUACUGGAUUGCUGUAAGCCAUAAGGCCCCAGCAUUCCUGUAUGAUAUCUACCUCAGGAUGACUGGAAGAAGCCCAAGGAUGAUGAAAACAAUAACUCGUCUUCAUAAAGCUAUGGUGUUUCUUGAAUAUUUCACAAGUAAUUCUUGGGUUUGGAAUACUGACAAUGUCAAUAUGUUGAUGAAUCAACUAAACCCUGAAGAUAAAAAGACCUUUAAUAUUGAUGUACGGCAGUUACAUUGGGCAGAAUAUAUAGAGGAAUUACUGCAUGGGGAACUAAAAAAUAUGUACUAAUGAAGAAAUGUCUGGCCUCCUGCAGCUAGAAAAACAUUUGAACAAGUUGAGAAAUAUACGGUAUGGUUUCAAUACUAUCCUUGUGAUCCUGAUUUGGCGCAUUUUUAUUGCAAGAUCACAAAUGGCAAGAAACAUCUGGUACUUUGUGGUUAGUCUGUGUUACAAGUUUCUGUCAUACUUCCGAGCGUCCAGCACUAUGAGAUACUGAAGACAAGAAUUUAGCAUUAGAACAUCUAUGCAUAUGGUGGUCUGAAUGCACAAAAUGUAAAAUGUACUUAAGUCAUCUCACCUUUUGUCAAGACAUUAAACCAUCUUAGAUCAGAGUGUGGAGUAAAGUAUGGUACAUUUUAUGUAACAUUUUAAUGUUUAUGCUUAUAAAAAUGUAGUGAACACACUGUGGUCAUGCCAGCUCAAAUCUACAAUAGCCACCAAAACCAUGACUUUAACAUUUUGAUCCCUGGGGACAAGGGGUAGGGUGAGGGUAGGAGUGGGGAAAUAGGAACACUGACCAGUAUAACUGUGCAAUUCUGGAACAUAUUAAUUAAAAUAUGCCUUAACAUUUAGUGACUUUCUAACUCAAAUAUAUAGUGCAGUGGAAAGCAUUUAUUUGGACAGGAAUACUUAGGUAAGUUGGUAGAUAUUUCAUUCUUCAGUGUUUGAUUUUUUUCUUCAGUUGAAAUAGGUUUUAGUUUUGUUAAAACUGUAGCCAAAACUAUUUUCGCAUUAUUCUGUAAGUUAUUGAGUGGUCUCCAAUAUGAAAGACAUGUUCUCACUUUCCUUUUUCUGAUUAGUGGUCUGAUGCAUAUCAUUUUUGUAUAAGCAAUCAGUUGCUUCCAUAAUCAGAAGGCUAUAAUUAUUUUAAAGACCCUAUUGGAUCUAAACAGGUUUGAGAAUCCGUAUCAAUAUAUGCUAUGUAUUUUUUGAAGGAAAAUGAGAAUGGAUUCAUUAAGACUAUUACUAUCAAAAAGAAUAGGAAUACAUUUUUCUUGUCCGUAUUAUGACCAAAUAAAAAUUAGUCCUAUAAGGUUUUGUUCAUGUUUUGAAGUUGGAGGAUUUCUCAAGACUUUGGCAAAGUGCGGUGCAUGUGGGGAGGGAUUCAUCAUAUUUGUGCUCUCUUCCCCUUAGACAUUUUAUUAACAGGACUUUUAAAAGGCUAAGUACAGUCUUUCCAAUGAAAACUGAAAGUGCUUUAUUAUGGAAGAAUGUAUUUGCAGGUAGUCAUAAUAUUAAGAGAAUGUUCUCACAUGUGUGUAAACACAUACUAAACUUUUGACCUUGAGAGCGGAAUUCCUUCAAGAAAAAUAGUGCAUAAAAUAACGUGUAUAAAAUUAAAUAAAGGACUUUAUUUACAUACCACAUAAAGUAGCAAACUGUUGAAUGAGUUUCAAGAUACCAUUUAUUUUUUCUGCAUGUAGUUUUAGCUUUAGAAAGAAAUGCAUUAUAGAAACAAGUAAUAGCAAGAAAAUUAAUGUAUAUUUUAAUGAUAAUUAUUCCCUUUAAAGCUUAAUAGUAGUUAACUCUCCUUACUGUUUUAACAGACUGAUCAGCAUAACUGUUUCUAAUUUAGCUGAUCAAGUUUGUACUAUAUUUAAAUCAUCAACAGUAUAUCUUAAAUGUGUUUAAUGAGGUCAGUUCACAAUACAAAAAGUUACAUAGAACUUUACACCUUAAUUUUCUCUGUCAAUUUAAAUGCAAUGUGUAAGAAGUUUAUUUUGUUAUUGUGAAAAAAACUAAAUGUAAAGGAAACCACCUUCUUCCAUGCAGGUGGGUAAUCUUGAAAAGGAAAAAUGCUUCCAUGUUGAAGCCAGAUUUUCUGUAGUAAAACUUAUAAACAUUAUUUUAAAAGAAAUAUGUAUAUAAAUAUAUAAAUAUUCUUUGAAAUGAUACUAAGUCUCUGGUCCAGGACCAUACCUUGCGUAAGGUGUGAGAGACCAUGACAGUGUCUGAAAAUGGAGUAAAUGAUGAUGCCUUUAAUUUAAAGUGGCCCACUAAUUAACUCUAGAUGCUCUAUACAUUGAGUACUCCAUCACUCCAAAUACAUUUCCAUAAUAUGUUGAAAACAUGCUAAUAACGUUUGUAUGAUGUGAAUACUUCUGCCAAUACACUUAGAAUCAGAUGGAUUGUCUUUGUAUCUUGCAGAAGAAUCAGGUACAAUUUUGACAGGCAUGUGACGUACAGACGGCGGGGGUAUGUCUUCUGACCUAUGUCAUUGUUCUUGUAAUCCAACAUAAAGAAAUGCUAGCUGGGACAGGUGCUGAGGCCACUGCAUUAAUGUUGUGUGUUUGUUUAGAAUUCCAUUGUCAGAAGAAACUAAUGAAUAAAUUAAUAAAUUAAUAUGACAUUUUAGAACUUAGUUCUAAAAUUAGUAUGAAGAGUAUAUAGGUUGUUAAUCCCUACCAACUAGACUUUAAGCUUAACUCAAAGAUUUUGGAAAUCAUUUUUGUUUGUGUCAUUUGCUAGACAUGGUUUUUAGUUACAUUUGAUUAUAUUUUCUACAUGAACUCAAUUUUUAACACAAUAACCUAAUUAAAUUUAAUAUUUAAUUCAUUUGAUAAAGCUUUAUUGUAAAACAUUUGGUGUUUUCCCCACUAUUCACUCUUGAGUCUCUGCAUUUGUCAAUUGUGGCAUCAUUUGUGGCUAUAUUGCAGUUUGACUUGGCAACAUUAAUAUAUUUUAAAAUUCAACAAAGCAGCAUGGCAAUACGUUCUUUGACUUAAGAAUGGUAUAAACAUGGUAUAAAAAUGGUAAUAAAGCUUGGAAGCAGGGAGGAAAAAAAUCUUAUUUCUCCCCUUUUUGUGUGUGUGUCUGUAGGAGCUGGUUCAGGGUUUUUUGCUUUUUGUUGUAAAUGUAAAUUGGUAAUCUUUUAUAAGAAGUAAAUAGAAGCAUUAUUGGGUGCCUUGUUUGUAAACCAAAAAGUAAUAAAUGAAUCCCUAUAUUUCCAUUAUAGUAUUUAUUGUAUUUUUACAAUAAUUAUCCUGAAAACUAUACUGAAAAUAUUACCUGUCAGAUAAUUUGGUUAGAAUUACAGGAAGCAGGCCUCACACAUACUACUUACCUUUUUUUAGGUACUCUCAUUAUCUCUUGUAUUCUAAUGUUACUUAGUUGAGUCUCUUAGAAGCAUUUUAGGGGAAGCAGACAGGAUGAAUACCUUUCAUUAAAGUAUUAUUUUUAUGUAUUGUCUGGAAUGAGGUGGUUUUUCUGUUUUCUGAAAACAGUACCAGGAGACUGCCAGGAUCUUAUUUAGGUGCCAGCUACUGUCCUCCACGUUGAAUGAUACCAUUUUAAUUUAUAGGUACAUUUGUAGCAGUUUAUCUAUUGAGUAAGGAUAGGGGAAUCACUCAUUAGUAAUAAAGAUUAACUAUAAAAAAGAAGGUAUUGGGCUCGUUCAGGUGAGUGUAAAUGGCCUUCCAAGAAUGCUUUCCAGGUUGCUUCUAAGCCCUAACUUGAAACAAUUAGCACUAAUUUGCUAUACUUUGAGAAAAACUCUCUGAAAUUUUGCAUGAGAAACUAGAGACUGGAAGGUAUGCUGCAUAACUUGAUAUAGAAGUAAGUUAAUUAAACUUAUAGUCUCUGUGAUAAAAGAAAUAAAACUAUUUUCUUAUUGAAUUAAUGUUUUUAUCUUGAAGCAUUUUCUAGUCAUAGAAUGAAUUUAUCUUUCUUUUUUUCUUUUGGUGGUACGCUCUUCCAUUUCUGUUACUCUUAAAAUUCCUAAGCUAAUUGUCUUUGUCAAUUGAGCAUAGUUGUGCAUAAUUGUGAAAUAAUUUCUUUGAUUUUUCUUUAUUAAAGAAAAGUUUGAGUAACAUUAA